AUGCUUAGGCGGUCGUUGUUACUUGGCGGGGUCGUUGCACGACCUGUGCGCGGCGUGGAUUUUCUGCGCAACCGCUUCACAAACAAGUCUUCAGCGUUCACACGUGAGGAGCGUGAGCACCUGGGUGUUGUCGGUAUGCUGCCGCCAUCUGUGGAAUCAAUUGAUGAUCAAGUGGAGCGCUGCUGGGAACAAUUCAAGCGACUCAGUUCUCCUAUCAACCGGUAUCAGUUGCUGCGUGGCCUGCUGGACACCAAUGUCACCCUCUACUUUAAGGUUAUCCAGACACAUCUAAAGGAAACUCUUCCUGUAAUUUACA